CUGAAUAUUAAUCCAUAGACAAGAUGGCAGCUUCUUCAUCUUCCUACUUUUCUGACUUUGGGCUGCUGUUGUAUUUGGAGGAGCUGAACAAAGAGGAAUUCAAUAAAUUCAAGUUACUUCUAAAGGAGACCAUGGAACCUGGGCCCUGCCUGAUACCCUGGACGGCAGUGAAGAAGGCCAAGCGUGAGGAUCUGGCUAACCUCAUGAACAGAUAUUAUCCAGGAGAGCAGGCCUGGAGUGUGACUCUGAAAAUCUUUGGCAAGAUGAACCUGAGGGGUUUGUGUGAGAGAGCAAAAGCAGAGAUCAACUGGACAGCCACGGCUAUGGAACAAGAGGAUGCUGAGCCCAGAGAGAUGCAAGGUGACCAGGAAGCCAUGCUGGAUAGUGGAACAGAAUACAGAAUUCAAAUUAAGGAAAAAUUUUGCAUCAUGUGGGAUGAGAGCUCUUGGCUUGGAGAACUUGAAACUUUCCAUCAUGCAAUUUCUCAGGAAGAUGAAGAUUUGGUGGAGCAUUUGUUUGAUGUGGAUGUCAAAACUGGUGAGCAGCCACGGACAGUGGUGCUUCAGGGAGCCGCUGGGGUUGGGAAAACAAAGUUGGCAAGGAAGGCAAUGUUAGAUUGGGCAAAGGGCAAUUUCUAUCAGAAGUUUUCCUAUGUGUUUUACCUCAAUGGGAGAGAGAUGAACCAGUUGAAAGAGACAAGCUUUGCUCAACUGAUAUCAAAGGACUGGCCCAGCACAGAAAGUCCCAUUGAAAAGAUUCUGUCACAGCCAAGUGGUCUCCUUUUUAUUAUUGAUAGUUUUGAUGAACUGAACUUUGCCUUUGAGGAGCCUGAGUUUGCACUGUGUGAAGACUGGACCCAGGUACACCCAGUGUCCUUCCUCCUGAGUAGUUUGCUGAGGAAAGUGAUGCUUCCUGAGUCAUCUUUAUUGUUGACAAUGAGACUCACAUCUUCCAAGAGACUGAAGAAUGUAUUGAAGAGUCAACGCUAUGUAGAGAUACCCGGAAUGCCUGAGCAGAUAAGAAAGGAGUAUAUGUACCAGUUUUUUGAAGAUGAGGAGUCGGGCAAGAAAGCAUUCAGUUUGCUAAGAAGCAAUGAGAUGCUUUUUAGCAUGUGCCGGGUCCCCCAGGUGUGCUGGAUUGUUUGUACUUGUCUGAAGCAGGAAAUGGAGAAGGGUGGCGAUGUCACAGGCACCUGCCAGACAACCACAGCUCUUUUUACCAGCUACAUUUCCAGCUUGUUCACAUCAGUAGAUGCAUGCUGUCUUAGUCUGCCCAACCAGGAUCAACUGGGGAGGCUGUGCCACUUGGCUGCUAAAGGAAUAUGGACUAUGACACAUGUGUUUUACAGGGACAAUCUCAGAAAGCAUGGGUUGACCAAAGAUGAUGUUGCAAUUUUUCUGGACAUGAAUAUUCUUCAGAGGGACAGAGAGUAUGAAAAUUGCUAUGUGUUCACCCAUCUACACGUGCAGGAGUUUUUUGCAGCUAUGUUUUAUAUGUUGAAGGACAAUUGGGAAGCCAGGGAUUAUCCUGUUGAGUCUUUUGAAGAGUUGAAGUUGUUACUUGAAAGCAAAAGUGAUAAAGACUCUAAUUUGAUGCAGAUGAGAUGCUUUUUGUUUGGACUAUUGAAUGAAAAGAAAAUAAAACAACUGGAAGAAGCUUUAAAUUGUAAAACGUCAUUGGACAUAAAACAAGAGUCGCUUCAGUGGAUGGAAGAAUUGGGAAAAAGUGACUACUCUCCAUCCGAGCUGGGAUUUCUGGAGUUGUUUCACCACCUGUAUGAGACUCAAGAUGAAGCAUUUAUAAGUCAGGCAAUGAGCUAUUUCCCAAAGAUUGACAUUAAAAUGUGUGCAAAAAUGCAUUUGCUUGUGACUUCAUUUUGCCUUAAGCACUGCCGAUGCUUGCAGACCAUUAAACUGUCGGUAUCAGUGAUAUUUGAGAAGAAGAUAGUAAACUCAAGUUGCCCAGCCAAAACUUGGUAAGAUGGAGAUCUCAUUAUUCGUUGCUGGGAAGAUCUCUGUUCUGUGAUCCACACAAAUGAACACUUGAAAGAACUGGACCUGUGCCAUAGCAACCUUGAUGAACCAGCAAUGAGGAUUUUUUAUCAAGAACUUAGUCACCCAAACUGUAAACUGCAAAAGCUACUGUUGAGAUUUGUCUCCUUUCCUGAUGGUUGCCUGGGCAUCUCUAACUUUCUGACUCAGAACCAGAAUCUGACGCAUCUGGACCUGUCUGGCAGUGAUAUAGGGGAUAAUGGAGUAAAGGCCUUAUGUGAAGCUCUGAAACACCCAAGGUGUAAACUGCAGAGUCUGAGGUUAGAGUCCUGUGACCUAACUACAGUUUGUUGUCUAAAUAUAUCCAAGGCUCUUAUUAGAAACCAGAGUCUGGGAUUUCUGAAUCUGUCAACCAAUAAUCUGUUAGAUGAUGGAGUGAAGCUGUUAUGUGAGGCCUUAAGACAUUCGAAGUGUCCUCUGGAGAGACUGUCCUUAGAAAGCUGUGGCCUCACAGAAGCUGGUUGUGAGGAUCUUUCUUUGGCUCUCAUCACCAAUACAAGGCUGACACAUUUAUGUUUGACAGAUAAUGUCUUAGGAGAUGGUGGAGUAAAGUUUAUGAGUGAUGCUUUGCAGCAUCCACAGUGUACUCUACAGAGCCUUGUGCUGAGGCACUGCCAUUUGACUUCACUUAGCAGCAGAUGUCUCUCUACUUCUCUUCUCCACAACAAGAGCCUGAGACAUCUGGACCUGGGAUUAAACUUCCUACAAGAUGAAGGAGCAAAGCUUCUGUGUGAUGUCUUUCGGCAUCCAAGCUGCAAUCUUCAGGAUGUGGAAUUAAUGGGUUGUGCUAUUACAAGUGCUUGUUGUCUGGAUCUGGCUUCUGCUAUUUUGAACAACCCAAAUAUUUGGAGCCUGGACCUUGGGAACAAUAACUUGCAGGAUGGUGGAGUGAAAAUUCUGUGUGACGCUUUGAGACAGCCAAACUGUAACAUCCAGAAGCUUGGGUUGGCAUACUGUGGUUUGACUUCUCUCUGUUGUCAGGAUCUCUCCUCUACUCUUAUCAGCAACCAAAGACUGAGAAAAAUUAAUCUGACACAGAAUCCCUUAGGGUCCGAAGGGAUUAAGAAGUUAUGUGAAGUAUUGAGGUCUCCACAAUGUAAACUACAAAUUCUAGGGUUGUGCAAAGAGGCCUUUGAUGAGGAAGCCCAGAAGCUGCUGGAAGCUGUGACACUUAAGAAUCCACAUUUAGUCAUUAAGCCAGGCUAUAACGAUCACAAUGAAGAUGAUGGGUCUUGGUGGCAGUUCAAUGAUAGCAGUGAAGAAGAUGGGUCCUGGUAGCAGUGUUUCUCAUGUGAAGAACCUGACAUCCCAUAAAAAAAAAUCAGAAAAACUUCAGAGUAACAGGGUCUAUGUUUCUUAGCUUUAGAUAUUGCAGUACCACAGAGAUCACAAAUGACAUCUGUUAGAUAUAAGGUAGUCACUUUUCUGUAAAAUGUUCAUUCUACAUCACACAUAGUUGGAGAGGCUAAAUAAAAUGAAACUUAAAGUUAUCUGAAAAGUGUAAGAUAUUUUUAAUUGAAUGCAAAGGUUAAGGACUCAGAUUAAGAGAAAGCCAGAAUUGAGGCUCCAAGAUGGGAAUAGAGAAGAUUAAAGUGUCUUGUUUUCUGUUCAAUUCCCACUGCCUUGGCUUAAUUCACAGCCUCACUAUCUCUGGCUCUUUUUAUUGGAAUGCUUCUCCAUGUAUGAUCGUGAGAUGACAAGUGUCAAAGUCACAUGGGUGCUGUCUUAAAAUGCAGAUUACUUAGCAUACCAGAUAUAGUGAAGCUGAACAUGGAAGUAAUAGUCUUUAGGACCCAGCACUUUUAAUUGCCCAGGCAAUUCUUUAUGCACACUAAUAUUUGAGAAUUACAGUUUCGUUAGAAAUGGGAGCCUACUUUUACGAUGAACAAUUUCUGUAGUUUUGUGGGGGG